UCUCCCUAAAACCCAGCGAGCCGAAGGCCAGGGAGUGGGCGGGAGGACUGCACCCUUGCCGAGCAGGGUGUGCUGGUGUUUUCUGUGAAGCCAAAGCCCCCUGAGACCCCCAGGCUCUGCUUGUCACCCUCUGUGCCUACCCCCACAGGACACUGUGCAAUGUCCUGAUAGAAAAUGUGAAGUCAGGUUAAUUGUAUGUGUUGAUCUGCCAGAAGUUUGCUUUGAUUUGAGCAAAUGGGCUUUUGAUGACUGCCAAGCUCUCAGCCAAAUCUACCGUUAAAGCUUCACUCAUCAGGCAGUGCGGGAGACGCCUUCCUGUGGUCGCCGGCUUGUGCUGCUUCCGUUAUCAGAGUACAGGACGUGGCGAGCCCAUCCGUUCCCCCUUUGCCUGUGGGUUUGAGCUGAUCUGGAACUCACAGAGCUCCUCAGGCUCAUUGAAGGUUAAUGCCUGCUUGGGGGUGUGCAGUACUGAUAUGACUUAGAUUAGUGACAUCUUUCUCAUGGGUUUCUCUGUUGGUGAAUUAACAAACCGGGCACAUUCACCUGGCAAGAGACCAUGCCCCAGCGGGACGUGGCAUCAAGAUGCCAGGCUUAGGGCCCCACAGGGUGCUCUCGGGGAGACCCAUUCCUCCCCCUGGGCUGCUUCUCCCUCACCUGUAACGCAGGGGAUGCAUGUUCUUGGUGCAGCCUCCAACCCUAGGAAGUAAAAUGCCAGGGCUGCCUGGAGCCCGCGGGCAGCAGCCUCCCCACGCCUUGGGACUGUUUGGGGACUCGGCACGGCUUCUGGCAGUAGGUCGCUGGUGUGCAUUGCUGCAUCUUGGCAGUCAGGCCAGGAGGUCUCUCGAUUUGGACCCGGACACCUGAUGACAGUGCUUUGGGGGUCGUUGUCAAUGCACCAGGCAGUGGGCAUGGGGAUGGCAAUGUAUUUCCAUGUGGCUUUUCUCUCUCUGCCCCCGCCCCGGGCCAUCGCCAGCCUUAGCACCUCUGACGGGGACCAUAGACCUAAAUGCUCAGAGUAAUCUGUGCCACGCCUUCAGUGCCUCCUGGGAGGUCCUGCUCCUUACGGGGAGCUCUGAAGACAUGGCCAACUCUUGGAUCCUACUGAAAUUUUGGUAGAUAAGAUUUUGCUUAAAAUAGUUAAAUCUGAACUCGGGCUUGCAAAUGCUUUUCCUGGAUGAAAUGUUUGUAUUAUGAUGUAUGUAUGCAUGGUGUAACACAUCCUAACAAAUAUACACCGCUCAUCCCAGGGGAUUUCAUCAGUGAAACGAAACGUGUACCUGAACUGCAUCCUCAGGGAGCCUGGGACAGCCUCAGUCCUCGAAGGGAAGGGGUGAGGUCCGAUGAGCAGGCAGGAAAAUCCCAGGUGCAGACCUGCCAGCUCAAAAGGCCUGCCCACAGGUACAGACCAGCCAGCUCCAAGAGCCUGGCCCCAGGAGGGGCCAAGUAAAUUGUCCAGUGUGACCAAGUGAGAGCCUUCCAGCCCACUCACGGCCCUCAAAACCCCACAGCCUCAACAUGUUGUCCAUCCCCUGGGAACACUGUGCAUGAGAACCUUCAUUUCCAGGUGGCCUGCCCAGCCCCAAGGGAAGCUCUGAAGCUCACCCUCUAGGCUCUCAGCCCCAAUUCCGGUGCCCACAGGCUCUGGCCAUCCUACCCCUUGGAUAUCCAGGGGGUCACUUGGGUGUCUAUUGUGGGGGCUCUGGAGAUAACCUCUAAGGGCUAGGGUCUUUGUUUGUUAACAGGCUGGGCGCCACUCCUAGUAGGGCACCUCAUCACUCCAGGCAUGCCACUAAACAUGGCUGUUGGAUGGUUCUUUCAGUUACUUAGGCCUGGCCCUCUCACAGGGCAGAGGCGUUCGAGGCAUGUGCCCUGCCCCCAUGCAGCUCCCAGGCAAGGAAUCGACAUAGGACACUGUGCCAAUCAGCUGUCCACCAAAUGCUGCAUAACAAACAGCUCCAAAACUCAGUGCCACACAGCAGUCGGCAUCUCUUCCUUGCUCCUGUGUGUGCUGGUUGACCAGGCAGCACGUCUAAGCUGGCUCGGCUGGGUUUGUCUCCAAGCUGCAAGUUGAAUCCUCAUGUCCUCCAUCUUCCCGUCCUUAACUGGGGCCUAUCCCAGGCAUGUCCUUCCCAUGGCAAAAGUACCAGAGGAAAAGCAGAAACAUGCAGGGUCUCUUAAGGCCUGUGGUUGGGGUCGGAGCGCUGUCACCUCUGCUCACACGCUUUUGACCAAAGUGAGUCUCAUGAACCAGCCCAAAGUCAAGGGGCUGGAAAUAUAUUGCCGCCACCAGUGGGAGGAGCUAUAAAGUCACAUGGCAAAGGGCAUGAGUACAGAGAGGAGCGAAGGAUUGGGAGCAAUACUUCCAUGUACCCCAGGUCUCAAAUAGCUCCAGUGAUCUCCAGAAGGCAAAGCACAUCCUAGGAGAAGCCCAAAGAGCCUUUGGGGUCUGAGAAAGGAGGGGCCACAGCCGGCCGAGAGCCAGGAAGGCUUUGUGGAGAAGGCAGCAGGGGCUUGGAUCUGGACCUUGAAGGCUGGGCAGGAUUCACCACAGAGGCAAGAAGCACAUUCCAGUCGAUACAACAGCCUGAGCUGCAGCUCAGAGGUGUGCACAGAGAACAGGAAGCAACCGUUACCCAGCCUGGGCCAUCACGGACAUGAUGGAGAAUAAAGAGAGGCAGGCCGUAGAGGUGGGUGUUGGUGGGGGGCCUCGAAUGCCUAGCAACAGGGCUCGGAUGCACUCAGAGGGCACUGGGGAGCCAUCUAUGGUGUUUGAGCAGGGCAGGGGUCACAGAUCUGCUCUAGGAAGGAAGCCUGGUAGCAGGGAGUAAGACAGGGAAGAGAGAGGCUAAUGCAAGGAGACCAGACAGUGUCCAGGAAAGGUGCAGGAUGGCUGAGCUCUAGGAACUGCAUGGAGAGAGAAUGAAGGGGUGCAGGGCCUGAGAAAAGGAUGUCAGAAGCCACGUCCACAGGGCUUGACCACUGAUGGGCAGGUGCUGAGACAGAGAGGGACAGAGGGGAGCAGUGGAUCCUGGGAAGGAGAGGGCCUCAUUCGGAGCACGUUAGGCUGCAGCCACCACCUGGUAGUGAGGCACAGGCCCCCCGACCAGGGCGACAUGUGGGGAACUGACAGAGUGGGCUUGGGCCUUUGGGGACAAACCAUUUCAAUUGCCAAGGCCUUCCCAGCUAGUCACCCGCAGCCAGACACCUCCAGACUCCAUGUCCUCUCCCAGCCUCCCACUUCAUUUACCUUCCACACUGUGUCUGGGGCACUAAUUUCCUGUCCCCCACCUUCCCCCAUGGCAGCUACCACUGUUUGCUCAUUUGUCGUGGGGGAGACGGUUCCACCUCCAUUCAGAAUCCCACAUUCACUGGCGCGCUUUCUCAGCCAGAUGAUAUCACGCUGGGACUUUGCUGGCAUCCUGUGACACACAGUGACCCCAGGGGUCUUGACCCUGGGGUUGGGGCUCAGCACUUAGCCUCAUCCCAGAGCUCAGCCUGGUUUGGCGUGGUCUCAAAGCGUUUCCCAAACCCCAGGUCAGGACAUGUGCCGUGGAGAAGGGCUCCUGUGGCAGUGUGGAGUCCAAAUAGCAGGUUCUGGGGCUUUCCUGCCAUUUAUAGGUACCGGCAGUAUCAGAUAUGCCAAUCUGAGGUGCGUCCCCAGAGGAGAUGAGGAGCAUCUGCAUAUGUUGAGCAGAGGCCUCUCCAGACCGCCUUGGCUGUGGGUGGUGGUCCCAUACCACGGGGCCCCGGCUCCCCUGCUGCAGACACAGUUCAGAUUUGAGUGAUGUGUGGAAGCCACAGGCUCUGUGUCCCGCACUCAGAUACCAAAGAGCAAGGCCUGCCCCUUUCGACCUGUGGGUCCAAGGGUUUGUGUUUCUGGCACGUGGGGAUGGUGGAGGCAGCAAGGGUAGGCCUGAGGGACUGGCAGGACCCCCGCCACCUUGGGCUGCACCCCAACCCCAUGCAGCAGGAGUCAGCCUUGCCAGGUUGCAGCACGGAACUGCACUUCCUGAGCUUUUAGGGGAAGAGGCACUCGUGAAUAAUUCAGCCUCUUUCGCUGAGAUGAAAACGCCCUAAUAGAACUAAUGGACUCGCUGCCUCAAAACUCGAACCUGGUGGGACUCAUCUCAUUCACCAAUUGCUUCUGACGUCCUGCAGUGACACUCCCUAAUGAAAAAGCCGCCGUGCCAGAUCCUUAGAGCGUCUGGUGAUCCCUAAUAAACUAGACUGUGGCUUUUUUAACGAGCAGACGCCCCCCCGAAGGCAGGUGAGUCCUCCCUUCAGCCCCAGGACCGGAUGCAGCUGCUACCCUCCUAGGGGAGAUGCCGCUUGGGGGCACGCAUCCGCGGGAAUGAAAACAGAGGAGACGAUAUUUUGGGGUGGUUUUGUCUGAUCUGGAAUUAGACCCUCUACGUUUUUUCAAAGCAGAAGACCUCAAAAAAGAGCCAGCCUGAGGUAAACUUGGAAUGACCGUGAUGGACGGGGUGGUGGACGGUGGGUUUCAGCCAGGCAACGCCUCUCGCUUGAGCCUGCUCACAGCCCAGACCUGCCUGAGGCUGACCGUUUUCGCUGUUUUCCCGUCUGCGGGAGACACGGGCGUCUAGCUUGUACCUCGCUGUGUUCACCGUUGAUUAAGAUUCAGCAUUUUCCGGUUUUGCCCAGAGCACUGUUGGGGAGGUUUGGUCUUGUCUGAAAUGUCUGUGCAGGAAGCACGUGCUGAGGGAGCCGGGGGCUGCUUGUUUGGGCCUCGGUUUGCUGGUUGUCCUUGAGCGAAAAUCAUUGUGUUUGCACUGAUGCAAUGCCGUGCGUUGUAGAACCGCACCCCGGAAUGGUAGCUGCUCCCCUUCCAUUUCCGCUUUGGAGAACUUUGGCUGGGCUCUCUGCUCUCUGGACAGGUGUCACCAUUCAGAAGAGAAGCUCAGGAUUCCUUCUCAAUCUUAUGAUGUAUGCUUUGUUGGCUUUCAGUAAACAGAACAAUUCAGAAAUUCCAGGUAGAGGAGUCUGGGGGGAGGUAGUGAUUCCUACUGACUUAAUGAGGUUAACAUCUUCCUUGCAUUUUUCCAUGUCACGGUGUUAAUUCACAUGAAUUCCCCUGGGCCCCUGACCUACAAGAAUAGAUUUGCACAAGGCAGGCCCAGCCCAGGAAAGAACCUGUAGGUGCCACGUAAUUAGCAGUGGCUAUUGAGGAGGGGCUUGUUUUUCUUGGUACCAGGGUGGUGAGGAAGUGUCAGGGCUCAGAGACCCUCACUCUGGAAAGCGGCCGGGAUCUGGGAUAUUUUGAAUUAGAAGUCAGGGUCACUGUGCUCUUGAGCGCAGGAGAAGUGGGGACCCUGAGGCAGGAGCCCGACAGCGGGGCUGCUCCCUCUUCCCUGCAGGGUCUUACUGGGGCCCCUUCAUCCAAGGACCUAACGCUGCUAGAGUCUCCUUCAGCAAAAGCCCGGCAUAGAGCCCCAGUGUGAGGGAGUGCAGAGGAGCCGGCCUUUGUCCUCUGUCCCCAGGCACCGCUGGUAACGGGCAGAGCCCCUUUGCCUUCUGCCUACUCCCAUCCUUCUUCCCCUGAAGCAGCCCUCCCCAGAGUCAUGACCCUUCAGGACCACAGGGAGCCCCCACUGUGCAGAAGGAUGCAAGUUCUGGCAUGGGAGCCCCCUCCGCUACACAAGAGAGGGCGACCUGCAGACCGCUGGGUCUGAGGUAGGAAGCCAGCCCCACCCCCAUCAACGGCUGCCUGGCACUGCUGGGAAAUGCCCAGGUAUAGCUCUGAUUGGCCUUUUGGAGCCUGGGCUUUGGUUACUGUUCUACAAGUAUCUGAGCCCCUCCUCUGUGCAUGGGGCACUCUCGUGGGCACUGGGCAGGGGGCAGUGGCAGCAGGCAGAAGGGUCCUUGCCCUCCUGGACCCAACCUUCAGGGGAAUCCAGCGGCCGUGGACCCCUCAUGGCACCAGCCCUGCUCCUCACCCCUCCACCCCAUGCCAAAGGCUGCCAUUUCUGUGCCCACAAGUUCCCUGGCCCAAGCCCUACCCUGGCACCAUGGGGAUAAGCUUGCAGCAAGAGGCUCUGGGCUCCCUCCAUGCCGCAGGGCCCCCACCUGCUGGCCUGCUCCCAGGGCUGCGAGAUGAGCUCUAAGGAAAGAUUGCAAGCAGGCCCCCACAGAGCUGCCCUCUCUCCCUUCUCCCACCCACAUCCCCACACUCGGCCCUCCACCAUCUUGUUGGGAAGGGGGCGAUUAUUCGCAUCUGUGUUCUCUCCCGUUAAGCAUUUUCUAGGGAGAUUUGGUGUCUGUGUGGCUCACUCCUCUCACUCAAGCCUAUGGUCACAAGUUCCUUCCCGCCCUGCCUGCUGGCCCCUGCUGGUGGAUUUUUCUCUCCACGGCAUUUAUCAUAAUUGGUGUCUUAUCCCACGCCCCCCCAAGAGACUCGCUCCCUGCUGCAUCACCAACUCCCACCCAGUUGUCCAAAGCCUCAUCUCACGCAGCCCACAGCAGCCUGGUACAACAGGCCUCUGCCCAGCCCACCUCACAGAUGUGGAGGCUGAGGCCAGGAGCGGUCAAGGUGCCUGCCUGGGUCACACCAUGAGCAGGUGACAAGCAGAGCUGUCCCUGUCCAGAAGCUGGGCACUCAGCCACCCUGUCCUCCCACCCCAGGGCCUUGGCUGCAUUUCCAGAGCCAAACCAGACCCAGGUUGCUUUUCAUGAGUCAUGUCUUGAAAGCUAAUGACUAUUGAUCUCAGCCUGGUCGGGCCAGGCAGGGAACUUGCAUGUCUGAGGCUGGUCCUGCCUUUCAGAAAGAGCCCUGCGGCUGCAGCCUGCCCAGCUGGCCUUCUUUCUAAACACAGACCUCAGGAAAGCAAGGGUUGGCCCCCAUUUGCCCCACACAGGGCUGGCAGCCGGCCACACGGCCAUCUCAGAAGCAGCUGCCUGCCGCGCGCAUGGAGGGAAGGGAGUGGCCGGCCAGUAGGCAGGGAGGGGAAGCUGGUGCUGCUGUCUGUGGGUGCCAAGGGCCUCAUUUCCUAAGAUGAACCUCUCCUGGAUUCCGGGCCUCUCUGCCCUCCAGAGCGAUUCUCCCAGAAGGCAGAGGGUUUUCCGUGCCAGGGCACCUGCCUGCUUCAGCGUCCAGAGGUCCAGCAGCCACCAUCCCUUGCAGCGUAGAAAUGAGCAGUGGUGAAUGCAACUGCUGGCAUGGGAACCCCCCAGCAAGAGAGGGCGACCUGCAAAGAGCCCCUGGGCCUGAAGCAGGAAGCCAGUUGUGUCCCCGCCAGCUGCUGUCCCGGCACUGCCGGGAAAUGCCCAGGUAUAGCCCUAGUUGGCCUUUUGGAGCCUGGGCCUUGGUUUCUGUUCUACAAGUAUCUGAGCCUCUCCUCUGUGCACCAGGAGCACUCCUAUGGGCACUGAGCAGGCAGCAGUGGCAGGAGGCAGAAGGGUCCCUACCCUCCUGGACCCAACCUUCAGGGGAGUGAAUUCAGCACAUAGGACAGCUAGAAAGGAAUCUGCAAGGUGGAUGAUGGCGAGCGUAUUGGAGACAGAUCACAGCAAGAAAGAGGCACGUGGCAUGGUGUGCGUGGGGCGGAGAGUAGGAUGGGAAGCACAGGCCCCCUGGGAGCCAUGCCCGUCAGACAGAGGUGCAGGCUGUGAGUGACCAGCACGGCAGGCUCCCUGAGGACAGCUGGCUGCCCGCUUUUGGGGAGGGAGCCAUCCAGCCCUGACCAGGGUGGUGGGGCUGAGGCCUGUGUGGACACUGCUACCAUCUCCCUGUAGGGGCUCCUCGGGGGCUCCUUGCCAGCUGGUCUCUCUUUCUUCUCUGAGCCCACCUUCCCCACCUCAAUUGCAUGUUCAUGCAACAGGCAUUCGUAGGCUCUGGUCUGAGCUAGGCCUCAUGCUGGGCACAACAGGGCAGACAUGAAUGAUGGUCCCUUCAGAUAAGAUACAGACAAAUACUUGCAGGGAAACCUCCAAGAAAGAGGCAGCUGUGGGGCUCCUGGAGGUGGUCCCCCUCUCUGGGUGCACAUAUGGGCAGAGCAGUGAAAGGUCAGCAGGCCGGUCACCCAUUCUGGAAGGACCCUGGUACAUGGGGCUCAUCACAAACUCCUGCCCCUUAUGGGUCCUUCCUUUGGCCCCUGGAGCUCACCCCAGGAAAGGCCCAGCCUAGGGCAACUCCAGGACAUCUCAGCCCCCUUCAAGGACCAUGCUAAAGCCUCUGUAGCUGUCUCAGCUCCCAGGAUAGCCCUCCCAGCUCCUUCCCAGGGAUAAUCGAACUUUUCCUCUCUUGGGGCAGAAGUUGGGGACAGUGCUGGUUCCUUUGCAGUUCCCAGGCCAGAUUCCAGGAUCCCCCUGUACAGCUGACCCAGCUGAAAUGGUGACUUCCCCUCUGCACCUUCUCUCUCUGGCAAUGACGCAGGGCUGCGGUGCAGUCCACCUGGGCCAUGGCCCAGGCUGCAGUCAGGUGGGGUGAGGGUCACUGGACUAGGGACCUCCUUUGUGUUGAGCCUGCCUCCAUGUCCUCAUUGCCCUGUCACAGACUCUGCAGGGUGAGGACUCAGCCCCGAGGCUGCCCUCACUGGUCCAGUCACUGUUGUGCACGUGAAUUAACACCAGUGGUUGAGUUCUGGACGCAUGCUUUCUCCCUUGGCCUGUUAAUUGUCCACUAUCUCUCAGGGCUCACUGCACAUCAGUCUAUGUUGAGAUGCCUCAUUCUUGACAGCAGCAUAAAUUCCCACUAUGUGGAUGGACUGUCACUUAGUCAACCAGUUUCCCUAUUGAUGGACAUUUACAUUGCUUUUAGUUUCCAGGAAUGUGCGUUCAUCAUUUCAGCUGACUAUUUAGCAACGGUUCUUCACAUAGAAUCUUUGAAACUCCCCUGUCCCAACUAAGCCUAUUUCCCCAGGCCACUCUCAUCUGCAACCUGCUUAAAUGCAUUCUGCUUGGUUGUUCUUUUGCAAAAAGCAUGAAGCCCAAAGAUCUCUGCGGUGCAAUGAUGCUUUCAACAAACAGGGAAUGUGUUGUAUAGAUAGCAUUUCCCUUUACAAGGCUAGGAGCAAAUAAGACCUUCCCGGGUUGGGGCCACCUGGCAUGCGGGGGUGAGGUGCCUCCCUGGCAUAAUUACAGGAGAGUUUACUUCAGCAACAGUUGUGCCCUGCGCUGCUUUCCCAGGGACAGCUUUACCCUGGAAACCACUUCAAGAGAGCACUGUGAUGUGGUACCACAGUCACCACGGAAAAUCAACCCUGGUCUUCAGCAUUUGGGGGGCUCAGGCUCUGCAUGCUCUCUGUGCUCCCAUUUUCAUUUGGACACUUAGGGUGCAGCCGUCCUGUCUGGAAUGCAGCUUUGCCUGUGCUUGUCUCACAGAUGCAGGGGGCAGAAAAGGGCAGCUUAGCCAGAGUUCCUGGGAAGCACUGCUUUGCGGACUGAGAAUCUCAUGCCAAGAGAUGUUUACAUCCAGGGGCUGGGUCCCACUCCUAGACACCAAGACCUCCUGGUGGCGACACUAGUUAGAGGAUGUUUCACUGCAGCUGCCCCCUGCCCCAGGGCCAGCCAUCCAGCCUGGGGCGCGCGGGGCAUUGGCACACUGUCUAACUCAUCACCGUCUGGACAGUGGCGGCUCCCAGGCCAGGCGGCACCAUGCUGUCCAUGACGUACAGCGAGAGUCUGCGGAGCGUGAGCAGCAGGUGCCACUCUGAAUGGGCCCUGCAUCCCGUCCGCCAGACGGACACGCUGGAACUGCAGCGGCUGCGGGAGGUGCGGGCGGCUGCCCAGGCCAGGAACAUGGAGAGCUUCCUCCGCAUGCACGGCCUCUCCCUGGACGGCUGCACCGCCCAGCGCACAGGCAUGAAGUAUCGGAACCUGGGCAAGUCUGGCCUGCGAGUCUCCUGCCUGGGACUUGGAACAUGGGUGACCUUCGGAGGCCAGAUCACCGAUGAGAUGGCAGAGCAGCUCAUGACCUUGGCCUACGAUAAUGGCAUCAACCUCUUCGAUACAGCAGAAGUCUACGCAGCCGGCAAGGCUGAAGUGGUACUGGGAAACAUCAUUAAGAAGAAAGGAUGGAGGCGGUCCAGCCUCGUCAUCACCACCAAGAUCUUCUGGGGCGGAAAGGCAGAAACGGAGCGGGGCCUGUCCAGGAAGCACAUAAUCGAAGGUCUGAAAGCUUCUCUGGAGCGACUGCAGCUGGAGUAUGUGGACGUGGUAUUUGCCAACCGCCCAGACCCCAACACCCCGAUGGAAGAGACGGUUCGCGCCAUGACCCACGUCAUCAACCAGGGGAUGGCCAUGUACUGGGGCACGUCACGCUGGAGCUCCAUGGAGAUCAUGGAGGCCUACUCGGUGGCCCGGCAGUUCAACCUGACGCCGCCCAUCUGCGAGCAGGCUGAGUACCACAUGUUCCAGCGCGAGAAGGUGGAGGUGCAGCUGCCGGAGCUGUUCCACAAGAUAGGAGUGGGCGCCAUGACCUGGUCGCCUCUGGCCUGUGGCAUUGUUUCCGGCAAGUACGACAGUGGCAUCCCACCCUACUCAAGAGCCUCUUUGAAGGGCUACCAGUGGCUGAAGGACAAGAUCCUGAGUGAGGAGGGCCGGCGCCAGCAAGCCAAGCUGAAGGAGCUGCAGGCCAUCGCCGAGCGCCUGGGCUGCACCCUGCCCCAGCUGGCCAUAGCCUGGUGCCUGAGGAAUGAGGGAGUCAGCUCCGUGCUCCUGGGGGCCUCCAACACGGACCAGCUCAUGGAGAACAUUGGGGCAAUACAGGUCCUUCCAAAACUGUCGUCUUCCAUUAUCCACGAGAUUGAUAGUAUUUUGGGCAAUAAACCCUACAGCAAAAAGGACUACAGAUCCUAAGCCGCCCCCGCCCGCCUGCUCGGACACUUGCCAUUCCCUCCUAGUCUCUGUUCGCUCGCUUAAGCUGUUCUGAAGCCAAGUGAAGAGUGUGGUUUGCAUCCAAGAGAAAACACCACACUGUGACGUCAUCGGGAAACGAUCUCCCAGUCGCUGCCAGACACCACCCACUGCUUCGCCGGACAACGUCGAAGUCCAAUCUGUGCCCGGGACGGCACUGGUUAGGAAGGACGUUCGAGCGGCCCCACCCAAGCCUGUCACCUCUGCUCAUCCUCCAAGACCACCCAGCUUUCUCCCAGCCACAGCCAAGAUUCCCAAAGUCAAGGCCCGAAGAUUCCCAAGAUUCCCCAAGUCAAGGCCGGGCCAAAGCCUGGGUGGGUUCUUGGGGCAGGCAGGGCUGCCUCUCCUCUGCUGAGAAUCCCUACCCCGUGUAAGGGGAGAGGGAAAAGGGGUCUGGCCCAUCGAGGGGUCCCUUCUGCCAGGGCCUUGGUCGCUGGGGCAGGGGCCUCCCCACUGGGGGUCUUCCUCCACCUCCCACUUUCCAAGGGCUCCAGGAAUCUGGGCCUGACCCAGAUUCCUCCCCCAUCCUUCUCUGCUCUAACCUGUCCCACUGGGUCCCGGCGGGGGCCAUGCCUACCAAGCUCGAGCUGGCCCUUGACCCCCACCCCCCCCCACCCUCGCUGGCAGGGGCAGGGACCCCAGGGGGAUCGGCUCUACAAUUUGGGAGCCACAAAAAGUGUAGGGCUGUGAUUUCUAGCUCAGCAUCCCACCGUCUUCCUCCUACACACCAAUGAUGAGCCCUCACACCAGUGAUGCCCGGAGCACAUGGGAGGGGUCCCAGUGGGGCAGGCCCUUCUGUCCGGCCACCCCUGUCCUGGCCUCAGAAGGCCCUAUGGUCAUGUGCUCCUAGCUGCACCGUGGCUGCUGGCCACACCGUGGCAAGUGGCAGCAAAGGCCAGCCCUGUGCUCGAGGACGCACUCUUCUUGGCCCCUGUAGACUUUCUCUAAAGCCACCCUCCAGCCCAGGCUGCUAUUCUGCACUGAGGUGGUGGGCUGGAGUUUUGCAGAGAGCAUGCUUGGACCCUUUCAGUACGAAAGGGUCCUUGGGGUUUUCUGUGCCCAGGACUGGGGUGCUGCACCCCCACGGCAGCCCCCACAAUGUAGGAAAAGACCUCAGGGAACCUCUCCCUGGAAAGAUGGCCGGGGCUUGUUGGCCCCUCCCACUGCCCGACACCUGGAACAGACUGGGGAGAGGGGAGAGAGGGCAGGCCAGGCCAGAGUGACACCCCUGUGCAGCUUGGGCCAGAGGGCUGGGGAUGCCAGGAAAUCUGCAGGUGCGGGGGUGCCACCUGCAGGCCCAGGCCUGUGUCCUGAGCAGUACCCAGGCUUUGCUGACCGCGCAGGGCAGGGCUCCACUUAAGCCACCCCCACCCCUCGCCAGCUAGCUCCAUAGGGAAGCCUAUGUCUCCUGCCCCCAAGGCACACCCUCAGCACGAGCACCUCCGUUCCCACUUUGCUCUUGGAGGAGCCACUAUUCCAGAAGGCUCCACCCUGCUGUCCAGCAGGAGCCUGCUGUCCAGUCCUGGACAGGCCAAGGCCUGGGAAACGUGUGUAAGUCAGAAAGGCCAGCAGGGAGAGGCUGGGGUGAGGAAGGAGAGGGAUGCAGCUUCUGCUGUUCCUGGCCCACCUUCAUGCUGCCUCUGGCAUCUAGAACCCUUGCCCCUCGUAGACCAAGUCCCGGGGGACUCCACCCAGUCCUGCUGCCCACUUCACCAGCAGCAGCCCUCUGAGUGUGGGGCGGGGAAGUCCCUUCCCAACGGAGGUCCCAGCCUAUGGCCCCGGGCCCAGGUGGGGGUCGCCUGCUUCCUUCUAGGACAGGGUCCUGCAGUGGCCAAUAGUGCCAGAGGGCAGGUGACCCACCUUCGCCAUCAGGGAGGGUGGCUGGCCCCAUCCCUACUGCCACCCCAGCCCCACCCACUGUUGGAAGAGGGACCGGCGCGUGAGGUGGUGCCCGGGGUGGGCACUGCUGCUUAACGCAAGCCACACCUGGGGCAGCUGAGCCCCCACUGUGGGUUUGCCAAACAGAGGCCAGGCCCCUGGUGAGGCCCAAGAGCCCAGUGCCAGGAUGCAGGCAGCCUCUGGCGAAGCUCUUUCCACAACCUGGUUCCUGGAUGUCCUGUUUGCUCCACGCCCAUCUACAGGGAGGAUGUGAGGGGUUCUGCCUCCUGGGGCCAGGUCCCCCCUCGGGAGGGGGGUGUUAGGUGGGACCAUCCGAGAAAGAACAGAAGACCAAGGGCAAUCGGGGUCUAGAAGGGAGGGCGCUGGCCCUGCUGGGUGCUGUGGAGCCCCCACUGUUUCCCACUCAGCCUUGCGGUCCCGAGGAGUGACGGGCUUCCUGCCAUCUUCUGUCCUUGUCCAGUCAUGUAAAUAAUGUGCUUUUUCCGUCCCCGCCCCCCGUCUUUUUUUUAAAACCGACCGUGGUUCCUCAGCUAACUGCAUUCCCUACCUAGGCAGAGACUGUCCUAUGCCUCGAGCUUCCAAACGAGACUCAGAUCACGACACAGCCACCGUAUUUAUGGAAUGACAAAAUAAAGCCCAAACCCAUCGGUC